AUGGACCCGCGAAAACCCCCGGAACACGUAAUCGACGUGUUCGCCGACCCCGCGUCUGUGAAAGAUGUCCUCAAAGGCAUCCUCCACACUAUCUUCUUCCACCGAUAUUUCCCCUGCGUUCGCCCCGACACCUUCGACGUUCUAGACUUAACCCUCCCCGCUGUCGACGACGUGGAAGUCGAAACCCUAAUCGAUUCUCGCAUAAACACCCUUAUUCGGCAACAUCUUUCCCCCGCCUCGAACUCUCCCAACGGUGGUGUCCGCGGGCGCAUAGGUGUGCAGUUCUUCGAAAAGAAGCGACGAAAAGGUGGACUCUGGUUCGGAGCGCUUGCUGGAAAGAAUGAAGAAGCAGUGUGCUGGGAGAUAUGGACCGUUGAUGUGACAAUCGCUACACCGAGAACCGAGUCAGAUCGGGCGAAGGUACGAAAAGCUAUGGAGAAAACGUUGCAGAAGGCCGCCUUCAAAAUUCUUGCCAUUGCCAAUCAAAGCAAGGACCAUAUCCCCCCCAUUACGACAAGUGACGCGAAUCCAUUUCCAUUCCAAAUCAUUUUAAAUCCCAAAUUGGACAAUUGGGGCAACAAACUUGGGUUUUAUUGACUGAUACCCCUUUUUGUUGUUUGCUGUGAUGUUUGGCAUUUGAGACAAAUACAUGCCCACGACUGUACAUGAGCCACGCUCAACUGAAAACCGAAAUAGGGAAAGAAU